AUGAAACUUUUCGGACUUUUUGCUGGUCUCGCUGCAGCUCAAGAUUUUCGCGUGCUCAAUGGAGCGGCUGAAGAUUUGGACAAGAUCAUUCGUUCGUCUUCUGGCAACUUCAAAGAGAUCUUUGAAAAAGUCGCGAACUACGAUUUCGAGCGACCAAGAGAAUGCCACAGCGAGAAAAUGACGAUCGAGGAAGGCGUUGCCUGCGUCCAACAGGGCUUCAGCCAGAUUCUAGAGUUUGCAUCAGAGACUUUCGCGGAGACCUCGGAAAACUUGGUAAAAGACGGAGCCUACGACCGUGUGGUCGAGCGAGCAUCGGCAUUGACGGAACAAAUGAAAAAGAGCCUGGAAGAAGCCGGAUUUAAUCUUGAAAAGGACCUCGAAAAUAGAGACGAGAAUAUCACAGAAAAAGAUGUUGAAGAAUAUUUCGAAAAUUUCCAAAAAAUCAUGAAAGAAGCAUUUCCUUCCUUCGGAAAACGAAAUUAA